AUGAAUAAAGGAAAUUAUAGAAAUAUCGAUAAUGAUGAUAGCAGUGAAAGUUUCGGAAACAGUUCUGUAAAUGAUGUUCAUUCUAGUGAUGAGACUAGCAGUCAGAUGUUAUUGCAUCGUAAGAAAAGGAAAUUUAUGUCCAUAAGAUAUUCAAGUGACGAAGAAAAUAAUGUAGAAAUUGAAAAUGUUGAUAGCUUAGAUGAUGGAUUGAAAUCGGGACAGCCUAUAGAUCAUUUCAAAAAAUUUAUUACUAACGAACUUAUAACGGAAAUUAUAACGCAAACAAACUUAUAUGCAAACGAGCAAAUUGAAAAGAAAGAAUUAUUCUCCAGAUCAGUUUGGAAAAAUUGGAAAAACGUUUCGUAUGACGAAAUGCUUGCGUUUUUUGGUGUGAUUUUGAUCUGGAUACAUUAUAAGGGAGAUGAUAUGGGUACAAUAUAA